AUGGAAGCUCAAUCAAACGAAGAAAACACCGCCGCCGUCACGUCGCCUGUCGCCGCUACACCGACCGUCGCCGCCACUACGUCGCCUGCUGCCGCCACUACGUCGACCACCACGACGUACACGUCCUCGGAACCUACUGCUACCACGGAGACUUCCGCGGAGACUUCUGCGGAGACUACCACAACAAUUCCAAGGGCGCCGCGCACCACAGCUUCAAAAAAGAAGAAAGAAUUGGCUAAAGCCCGAGAAGAAUUGCUACGCAAGGAGGUAGAACUGGCCGCCGCACGCGUCGCAGCAUUGGAGGCGGACACGGACGACGAAGAGGAGGACGAAAAUGAAGAGGACGCCGCCACAUUAAGAAGAGAGAGGACUACGGACUGGAUUCGCCGGACGAGCACAUUGGCACUCACAAUGGAGCCGCACACAGAGAGGACGACCGCCGACUUGCAUCAGGGGAUUAAUAUCUCAUCGAUACCCGCCGGAGAGGGAACGAAAGCGCCGCAGCCGCAGCCGUGCAGCGACGCAUUCCGACGGGACCAUGCAAGCCACAACGGUCCGAGGGAAGACUCCAUAGCACCGAUGAUGCCAACGAAGAAAGAAGAGGAUUCACUGAAGGGGGGCAUCGACUAUAAGGAAUUGGCGACUGCAAUGACUAUGGCAGCUCGCGCAAUUCAGCCCUCCACGGUGCCGCGAGUCACAGAACUACCACCCUUCAACGGCGCGUCAAGCGAAUGGCUGCCCUGGAAGAUGGCCUAUGAAGAGUCUGCGGGGCAGCUGACCGAGCAAGAAAACUUGGGUAGAUUACGUCGGUGUUUAAAGGGUGCGGCCAAAGAGGCUGCACACUGUCUUUUCGUCGGGGAUACGUCUGCAGCAGAAGUAAUACAAUUACUUGCUACGAGGUUCGGCCGUCCAGGAGCACUCGUGAUGGCCGAGAUGAAUAAACUUCGUGCGCUGCCGCGGCUGUCAGACAACCCCAAGGACAUCUGUCUAUUCGCAUCCAGAAUAGCCAAUGUCACUGCAACAAUUCAAGCCCUGAAGAAGAACCACUAUUUGUACAACGAAGAAGUGACAAGAUCCAUCACGGAGAAGAUGCCUUCUGCGCUACGAUUCAAAUACUACGACUUCGUAGCAGAACAGCCAGCUGAUCAACCGGACCUGAUAACGCUCUCCAAGUUCCUGCAAAUCACCGCAGCCAGGUGCGGUGACUUCGCACCCGCCGAAGUAAUAGUAAAUGAAGACCGGCGGGAGCCAGCAACGAAGAGAAGCGUGAAAACAUACAUCACGCAGGAGAAACCGACUUCACCGCCGUGUCCGACGUGCAACAGGGAGGGACACGCACCACCCGAUUGCAUCACUGUGAAGAACGCCGAGCCACAAGCAAGAUGGGAGAUAGCAAAAAAACACAGGCUAUGUUUCCGUUGCCUGAGGAUAAAAAGAUUUCGUCACAACUGCAAGACGAAGAGAUGCAACGUUGGUGGGUGUACACACCUACAUCACCCACUCCUGCACGUCGACACCAUAGAGAAGAAGGACAGCGAGCCCUCCGAUGAUAAAGCAGCCGCAGUCGUCGCGUCUGCGAGAGAAGAUAAGAAGAUCGCAUUCCUCAAGAUAGUGCCGAUACAAGUGAUCGGUCCCAAAGGAACGUGCGAUACAUACGCACUCCUGGACGACGGCGCAACGUGCACCAUCAUCGAAGAAGCAACAGCGAAGCAAAUCGGCGCCACUGGUCCUCCCGCACCCUUCUACAUAGAGGCCGUGGCCGGGACACGCAUAAACGCCGAUGAAUCGAAGCUUGUCCACUUCACAAUACGGGGACGAAGAUCGGAAGAUCAUGCCGUGUCUGCGCGAACCAUGAAGAAACUACUGUUAUCUCCACAAACAGUAUCACGCAGCGCAAUAGAAGACUGUCCACACUUGUACGAUAUAAUAGAUCAGCUGACAUAUGAAGAAGGUCAACCGACGGUUCUGCUGGGUCAAGACAACUGGCAUUUGCUGCUCGCACAUGAAGUCAGAAGAGGCAAUAAGACACAACCGGUCGCAUCACUCACCGACCUGGGUUGGGUGUUGCACGGCACGGGAGCGGCGAGAGCGAGACAGCAAGUGCACAGAAUCAGUCACUUAGUCGACGGGCAAGAAAAUGAAGAAUCCAUAGAGCGAUUAAUGAAAGAACACUUCGCUCUCGAAUCACUGGGCGUCACACCGAAGCGCUCAUACAAUGAAGAGGAACAACGCGCGCUGAAAAUAUUGCAAGAAAAAACUCGCCCGUUACCGGCGGGAGGCUACGAGACCGCGUUGCUAUGGAAACGCGACAACGCAACGCCGCCGGCUAACUACGACUCAGCAAUGCGACGCCUCGAGUUAAUUGGGAAAAAACUCGACAAGAAUGAAGACAUGAAGAACAGAUAUAAACAGCAAAUUACCACGCUGUUAGAAAGGGGAUAUGCAGAAAUCGCCCCACCGGUGAAGACUGAACGAGUAUGGUACCUGCCACACUUCGCUGUCAUCAACCCACAGAAACCGGACAAGCUGCGCAUCGUGCACGACGCCGCCGCCAAGACAAGGGGCAUUAGUCUCAACGACAUGCUGCUGCCGGGACCCGACCUACUCCAAUCACUACCUGGGGUCCUCAUGAGGUUCCGACAGCGCCGUGUGGCGGUCACAGCGGACAUCAAGGAUAUGUUCAUGCGUGUCACAAUACGAGAAGAAGACCGAGACAUGCAACGGUUUCUAUGGAGAGGAGAUCGACGCCAGGGUCCAGCUGUCGAAUAUAGGAUGAAGAGCGUCAUCUUCGGGGCCACUUCGUCGCCAUGCACGGCGAUAUACGUGAAGAACAAGAACGCCGAACUACAUAAAGAAGAGUUCCCGGAGGCGGCUGCAGCGGUGGUUGUCAAUCACUAUGUUGACGACUACCUCGCUAGCUUCGACACUGAAGAGCAAGCCGUACGAGUCUCAAGCGAGGUCGCCUACAUCCACAGCCGGGCGAACUACUAUCUUCAGCGCUGGGCAUCGAACUCGCGCCAUGUACGAGAAGAGUUCUCACAUAGAAAUGAAGAGAACAUGGUGCAACUCGACGCUGAGAAGAUACUGGGUAUGGUGUGGCGGCCUGAGGAAGACAGUCUCGGGUUCAACUUCAACGGGAACAAACUUCCGUUACACAUCAUACGAGGCGAACGCACCCCAACGAAGAGAGAAGCCCUCCGCGCCGUUAUGUCGCUGUUCGACCCAUUGGGCCUGGCCACACCCGUCACAAUACAAGCCAAGAAGAUAUUACAAGAAACGUGGCGCACGGGUAUCGGCUGGGACACCGAACUGCAAGAACGGGAAGCAGCAGCGUGGCGGAGCUGGAUAUCGCACGCACAGCAGUUACCCCACUUGGUAAUACCACGGUGUUACCCCGGUGUGGCGACGGCACGUACGACGGAGCUUCACACAUUCGUCGACGCGAGCUCAGAUGCAUACGCCUGUGUCGUAUACUGGCGGGCCGUAUGCGUGACCGGCGAGGUACGUGUGUCACUCAUCGCAGCCAAGGGAAGAGUGGCCCCUUUGAACAAGGUCACCACUAUACCACGUCUGGAGCUACAAGCGGCCGUACUAGGGAGCCGCCUGUCACGCACGGCUGUCGAAGAACACGAUCUGAAACCUGCCCGUCGUGUCUACUGGUCGGAUUCGCGUACCGUACUGUCUUGGUUACGCACCGGGCCGCGUGCAUUCAAGCCCUUCGUCGCUCACCGAGUCGCUGAAAUUAUGGAAGAUACGAAAACGAACGAGUGGAGAUGGGUGCCGACGGCCGACAACGUCGCGGAUGAUGCCACACGCGACGUGCCACACCACUUCACUUCAACACACAGAUGGUUCCGGGGGCCGCAGUUUCUAUAUCGACCAGAAGAAGAGUGGCCUCAUGAAGACGAUUCCCACCAUACGGAAAAUACAAGCGAAGAGCGCGCCCACACAAUACAAGAUGCAACACGAUUAUCUCGAGCGUUGCCCGAUCCCGCGCGAUUCUCCGACUGGAUGAAGAUCGUCCGCAACACACACUACUUAGAACGCGCCCGUCGGCUAUGGAUCCGCUCAAUACAGGAAGAGGCAUUCAGCAUCGAUAUAGCGGCGUUGCGACGCAAUAAACAACUGUCGUCGAGUAGUCGACUUAUACAGUUGUCCAUUUUCAUCGACGAAGACAAUGUGCUGCGACUCCGCUCAAGGGUGUCGGCUGCCGCCAAUCUGUCCGCGGAGCAACGGGAACCACCCAUAGUCGACGGUCAACAUGUAUGGGUACGCCUGUACAUAGCAUGGGUGCACAGAAAACUUCAUCACGGGGGCUUCGAAACUACUGCGAACGAGGUGCGUCAACACAUGUGGGUGUUGCGCCUACGACAUGCCGUUCGUAGUGAAUUGAAGAGAUGCCAAACGUGCCGCAUCAGGAAAGCAGCACCAGCACAACCAUCAACGGGCAACCACCCACGCAGCAGGCUGGCACAUCAUCAGCGGCCGUUCACCUUCACCGGCCUAGACUACUUCGGGCCGAUGACAGUGACGGUGGGUCGCACGCAUCAGAAGCGGUACGGCGUGCUGUUCACAUGUCUCACCACGAGGGCUGUGCACCUGGAGAUCGCCGGCAGCCUCAGCACCGACUCCGCAGUAAUGGCUCUGCGGCGCUUUAUAAGCCGCCGCGGGUGCCCCACGGAGCUGUGGUCGGACCAAGGCACCAAUCUCAAGGGUGCCGACCUCGAGAUGAAGAAAGCAGCCGCUGAAGCCAUGGAAGAAGAGUCGUCGGUGCGCUUUAUACGCUGGCGCUACAUACCACCGAGCGCUCCCUUCAUGGGCGGCGCCUGGGAACGACUAGUGCGCAGCGUGAAAACCGCGCUGGCCGCAACGCUGCAUGAACGAGCCCCGAAAGAAGAAGUCCUUCUCACCCUGCUGGUGGAAGUAGAACACACGCUCAACAGUCGACCUCUCACCCACGUGUCGACAUCAGCGGACGACGAGGACGCACUCACCCCCAACCACUUCCUAUUGGGAGGUCCGUCCCGCGUACCACUGCCGGGAGCUUUCGCUGAGGGCGAUACGGCGGGCAGGAAGGAGUGGCGCGCCAGUCAGUGGCUCGCUGACUGCUUCUGGAGGCGCUGGGUAACCGAAUAUUUACCCCAGCUACAACACCGGCGGGAGCCCCGAGCUACACACGGAGUCAUCAAGUUAGAAGACUUGGUGCUGGUGGCAGACGGCAACUUGCCGCGGAACUCCGGGCCGCGCGGCGUGGUGGUGGCUACGUAUCCGGGACCGGAUGGUGAAAUACGGGCGGUCGACGUGCGCACUAACAAGGGGAUACUUCGGCGACCUACGAAGAAAUUAGUAAUCCUGCCAAUCGAGCAACGCGAACUCGAAUUAAAUACAGCUUAG